AUGGCGCAGACGGCUCAAGAUGACGGCCUUCAGCGCGUCUCUAACAAAAAGCGUAAAAAGGUCGCUCCAAAAAAUACGACCAGAACGCGAACUCCAUGGAGGUCCAGGACGAAGCGCAAGGCAGUGGUGCAGACACCUGCCCAGAAGGCAUACCUGAAAGGGAAGAGGUAUGAAUGUAAGGAGACGUAUGUGGAGGCGCUUCGCGAAGCCCGUGAUGUGAUAUGGCAGCAAGCAGCGCGCCUGCAGGAGCGCUUCGGUCCUCACAAUAUUGAGUACUACCACCAGGAGGUCAUGCAGUGCUCUCGCCUUGUCUCAUUGAAGAGAAAAGUGAGCCGCUGGAAUGUCUUCCAGCGCAUGGAAGUUCAGCGCAUGAAUCAAGCCCUGCCAGCGGGUAUGCCGCACAAGAAAGCUUCUGCGUACAUGGCGGAGAUAUCGGCAACAUGGAAUGUCAUGAGCGAAGCUGACAAGAUGAGGGCGACGGCCAAGCAUAAUGCCCCCAUCAACGCGUUCCAUGAUGCUCGUUCUACUCUCAACAACAUAUCCCGUGAGCUCGAAGGCUUAAGUCAACGUACCGGCACCGAGACUUUACUUUUUGCAGUUCGCUCAAGCACGGACCAGUAUAACCAGCCCUUCAUCUAUGCUAGCAACGAUCGCCUUCCUGAGUACUUCUACCUGAAGACAAAAACCGACAUCCUGAUGUUUGCCAUCAAGAUGGAAUCCUAUGGCAUCUCCGGCGUGGAAGGAGUUGUGAUGAAUCAUGUCGAGAAGAUACUCGACCUCAAGCGGAGGAUAAGUGCAUUGAUCAUUCAGAAGCUCCAGGAUAUCUCUCCGUUAAAAAUUUCGAAAAUGUACUACAAAGGUUUUGAAGAGAGGAUGACGGCUCGCUAUCGCAUUACCGUCGUCAACUGGCCCCUCAAAGAGUUCAAUAGCCCUGGCGACAUCUCCCACAAGGGUGACCUGCAGCUCCUGUAUUGUGCAUGGGAGAGCGGCACGACACACUUCAAGCUUCUCAACGAUGAGGAACACAAGGAGUGGGAGGAGGAACGAUUCCAAGGAAGAAUGUGGGAGAUGCGUGGGCCGACAGCUGAGGAUGAGGGCAAGGAGGACGAGCCGAACAGUGUGUUACCCACAUCCCCUGUGCAGUCACCUGUGCCCGAGUCCACCGCAUCCAACGGCGAGCCCAUUGACGUUAAUGCCACAGCUACGAUGACCAUCAAUGAAGGGGCCGGGUCUGUGAAUGACGAUACCUCAUCCCCUUCCUCUGCAGCAUUGAUCGUGGGUCAGGGCACGUCCAGUCAGACGUCCUCCAGCGCAAAACGUCAUGCACUGGCCAAUGGUGCAGAAGCGCGCAAGAAGGCCAAGACCGUCCAGCCUCUCAGCAGCUUCAUCAACGUCGUCACAGGUGCUGACGGCAACCCCCUCACAGUUCAGAAGAAAACUCGCAAGGACCGCUCGGACAAAGGCAUGAAGAAGGGGCCAAGGAAGAAGCAAGCUGCCGGCAAUGAGAACACGAACCCAUCUUCGACCACCACCUCUGAACCUGCCCCACCCGUCUCUGUCCCUCCCACAUUGGCCACCUCUCCUCAUCGUCCCUCCACUCAUCGCCAUCGUGUUCCCCCUGCCUUGGCCUCUGCCUGCAAUACUACCUCUGCGCCUGUCAUUGCCCCGCCUACUGCCCCUGGCCCUACCGUUCCCAUCCCUGCACCUGCUGCCACCACACCCGGUACUCCUUCCACCUUUGCACCCGGUGGUGCUCCUUCUCCCUUCAUGCCUGGAGCUCCUUCCCCCUUCGUACCCGGCACUCCUUCCACCUUCGUGCCCGGUGAUGCCCCUUCCAUGUUCGUGCCGAGCACUCCUUCCAUCUUCACGCCCAGUGCUACUUCCAUCUUCGCGCCCGGUGUUCCUGCCGCCUUCACGCCCGGUGCUACUUCCAUCUUCGCGCCCGGUGGUCCUGCCACCUUCGCGCCCGGUGCUCCUGCCACCUUCGCGCCUGGUGGUCCUACCACCUUCGCGCCCGGUGCUCCUGCCACCUUCGCGCCCGGUGUCUCUACUCCUUUUGUCUUCAUGCCAGCUGGCCCUGCUCCCUCGCCCUUUGCAACUGAUGCAUCUCCGUUGCUAAAUAUAUAG